AUGAUUUGGUCUCCGAUAGAUACCAAGGCUUUCCCAUUACAGCUCAACACCACCGUCCAUCCUAAGCCAGCAGCCAUGCUGCUCAAGUCUCGUGCGGGAGUCUUGCCUUUCGGCAUCCUAUGGCUCCUUCUCCUUUUCUGCUCAGUGCUGGCACCUGGUGCUGAUUCGCGUGCUGUCAUCACCACCGAGAAUCUGGACCUCAAGCAUGCACUCACGAACAUCACGAAGCUCAUGAAGAAAGAUGUGGGUACCUCUUGUGACAUUUCUCUUUGUGAAAUCGAUGGAAGUCUUUGCGAGACGGACCCCGACAACAACGAUGGAGACGAGUAUGAUGACGACUGCGAUGAGGACAACCUUGAUGAUUGCCCUCCUGCAGAGGUCGACACUACCGAUGAUACCGCCGCUAAGCGUCGUACCUACGAGGUCCGUCUCGGUUCCGGAGCGGCCGUAAUUCUUACGGGCAUGAACUAUCCCUCCAUCGGAAAGCUGUUGAAAACUAAGAAGGGAAGCCUGGUAUACCAAUAUGCCAUGCAGCCUGAGAAUUCGGAAAGUUGCGAGAACACUUUUGUGGUUGCAAACAAAAUUCAGGGCACUGAUCCUCCCGAGUCUACCGUCACUGAGCACAUCCUCGAGCUCCAAACUAUUUCUCAAUGGGUAAUAAAGGUUAGCUCUGGCAAUUUAAUUACAAAAGUCGACGACAAGUGCUUUACCGACUUCUGGGUAAAGUCGUCGUUGCCCAGCAAUAUCCCGAAAAUGCAGAGCGGGGCCUUCAAGACUUCUACAGUGCCCAAUGACCGGGUGUUCGAAGCCAUGGGAUCAUUUCGGAACCGUGGUAUCCUUCUGAUUGCUGAUUCUCAGAUCAACCUGAUCAAAGCUAGGAUCUGGUCGGGACUCAAUAUUUUCCAGGAACAAGCGGUCAAUACGCUGUCGGACAAUGCCGCCCUUUCUGGUGAGGACGCUGGCAAGGCAAUGGGCAUGAUCGUGAGGCCAAUUCAGGCCUUCAAUUACCUGAACAACCUUCAGACUAGGUCCAGGCUAUACGACACAAUUGACGGCGUUCGAGAUCAGCUCCAGGUCAUUGAGAACAACAUCCCUCAGUGUUCCGGUUUGGCUGCGAGUUGGGACGAGUUUAUUCCGCCCUUCCUCGAACAGAUGGCUACAAAAACCGCAGAUUGGCUUGAGCGCACAACUCGGAAAAUUCUCGACAAGUUUGAGGAGGCUUUAAAUGAUAACCCCGACGAUUCGGAUUUGGAGGACCGUUUUAUGGCUGUUGAGACUAUCGCGGACUACCUGGAGGAUGCCGCUCUUGUUACAGUCAAGGCGCCGGUCAGGCCACUUGUCCGAGUUGAGUGGCCGGACAUCGACUGA